AUGGAACAGCUUACAUCAAGUUCUAGUUUGGAUAAAUUAAUGGAAAGAAAUGUUGCCGGUGACAGCCCGCAAAAAAGAGGGCGCGAGGGCACCGAUGAUAACUAUGCUGCUCUUGAGUUAUAUAAUCUUUUGCGAAUGUUUAAGGACCAGCCAAGGGGGGCGUUCCAAGGUGAUGCAGCUAGUUAUGAAUCACCGGAUCGGGAUGAAAAUAAGGAGGGGAAAUUAGUUAGGAAAGACAACGCAUAUACUGCAGCAGUUCAGCAAAGGCAGUUUGCAGACCAUUUUGAUUUUGCACUACCGCAACCGGAUACUUCCCAAGGUGUUCCCGGUAAAGAAGAUGCCUCCAGCCAGCGAACGCUAAAAAAUCUACUCAAUCCGGAUCUUGAAGCUGAAAGCGCCAGUGAAAGCGAUGAUUCUGAAACGGAAGAGAGAUCGAGCAACGAUAUACAAAACAUAAUCGAUCAAAUACUUGUUUUCAAGACUGAAUUUCGCGAGCUCAUAACUAAAAUAGACGCUGCUUCUACGGACGCCGCUGUAUCUGGUUAUAUUGAGAACAGAUUUCGACCGAACAGAAUUGUCGAAACGGAGGUUGGCGGUGGCUCAGUAAUGUCGAACGUCAUUGAUUCAGUAGUGAACCUUCUGCAUGAGAUGCUUCCUAAUAAUGAACGAAACAAGAGGAUUAAAGAAGAUACAUCAGCCUCUUGGGAACCAUCCUCGAAGAAGCCGAAGCUGGAUUCGGAAUCCGGUGCUAUCGUUGCUAAGAGACAAUUUUCUCAACCUAGAGCUCGUACAUUGGGUUCAUUUACUCAUCUUGAAGAUGAUGACCCUUGUUGUGUGCUGCCAAAUUUCGGAGUUUUGUUAGUCAAAUCGCCAACCAUGGUUUCCCAACUUUGGGACGAAUACACUAAGGUGCCCAGCCAAUGGGCGCUUAAGGAUCUGCUGUCACUUUCCUUGGAGCAGCGAGAAAAUAAUGUCGACUUAAAGCUAAUUCGCAGUCGCAAGACUAGCAUUCGGGAGCUUGAAAGAAAAUACGGCUCUUCCUGGCGAAAUAACGACAAGAAUUUUUCUCGUCAAAUUAACAGAAGGAAGAAAAUUUGGAAUGCAAUUGAGGAUGGUCUCCGGGAUGGCCUGGAGCUGGAAGAAUGUUUUCAGAUUUUGGAGUCUUACUCAAAAAGAAGAGGUAAAGGAUUAAGUUGGUAUUAUAAUGGUGUUCCGUUCCGACUAAAAGAUGCACGUAAUGAUUCAUCAAAUGUUAGUUGA